GGUUAGAAGCCGCGUCGUUUGCUCAGAGUCUAUUUCUCAACUUUGCGUUCGAUUUACAGAAGAAUUUGACUUCGUGCUCCGCUUUCCUGAAAGAGACGGGUCUCCAGUAAACUUUUAACACAUUUUUAUUCACACGCGCACCCUAAAGUCUGUGAAAUAAUCAUGGCUGAUAGAUCGAGCAACGGCGAGUUCAACAAAUAUCAACGGGAUGAUGCCGAAGACAAAUCGAGGGUUACCCAGGACAAGGACGAAAAGGAUUCCCAAGUAGAUAAAGCAGGGGAGUACGUUCGAGAAUUGUUGCAGGAGAAAUUGGAAAUUGACACGCAGAAGUGGCCGAAUGCUCUUCGUCUUCUUGACCAAGAGAUUCAAAAAACUCAGGCCAUAGGAAAGCCUCUGAAGGACCAUAAAUAUGUGGACAUCUAUCGUGAGAAGCCCAUAAGAGUUGCUGUCAAGGUUUUGGUGCCGGUCCGUGAGCACCCCAAGUUCAAUUUUGUUGGCAAAUUGUUGGGUCCCAAGGGUAACACCAUGAAGCGUCUGCAGGAAGAGACGAUGUGCAAGAUGGCAGUCUUGGGUCGUGGAUCCAUGAAGGACCGUCAGAAGGAGGAGGAAUGCCGCCAGUCUCUGGACGCGAAGUACUCCCACCUGUCGGACGAUCUUCAUGUUGAAAUCGCGUCUCUAGCUCCUCCAGCAGAGGCCCAUGCUCGAAUCGCUUUCGCUUUGGCGGAGAUUCGCAAAUAUCUGAUACCGGACAAUAACGACACAAUCCGUCAGGAGCAGAUGCGCGAGAUGGAAUAUGUGGGCGAGGACGGCAUGAUUAUGGAGGAGAGAAGACCACCACCAGGCAUGAGACCUCCAGGCAUUCUCAGACCAGCUGUCAGACCACCACCGGGUAUGCCACCCCGACAAGCUCGACCCAUCCUUCCACCACCCCCUGCUCGCGGACCACCAAUCACUCGUCCAGUGCCAGCGAAAGCAAAGGUCUUCUCUAUUCUGGAUCGUGCAAGGGCUGCCAUGGACCAAUCUUAUGGCGAGGAAAUGUACCAACAACCUCCUGGCAGAUACCAAUCUUACGAGUACGAGGAUGAAACUUUACCUCAUGCAUCACAUGAAUAUUACGAAGCACCGGAAUAUCCAGACGAAUCAUCAAGCCGCGCAUGGAAAUCUUACAAGACAACAACAACAGCAGGCACGGGCGCGCGCUACCGCACAGCUCCGUAUACACGACCCUCCAAACCUCAGAUGCCGUUCAAACAACCAGCGUACGGAAUGGGUAAACCGGGAGGUGGACUUGGAAACAUGUAACGCGAUUACAUGAAAUACGUAAUGAAAGCAGCGCGAAUCAACCCUUAUUUAGAACAUACGGGAUUCGCAUGAUUUUUUUUUUUAUUUUAAACGAAACUUUGUUUUAUUUCUCAAUGACAAAAUAUGAUAACCAUAAUUCUCCUUAAUCUCCUGCUAAACCGUGAAAUCGCAGCAUGGAUAUAAUUAAACACGACGGCUCAAGAGGAUGAGAGAGGAUGAGAGGCGUCUAGCAUAAAACUUAUCUAAUAAAUUAAGAUGAACUGUUUAUGUUAAUACCGAUUAGGGAUAAGACUAUAACGGAAGACUCGGCGUUAUGUAAGAAAAACCCGUGAAAAUGUCGAAACAUGUAAAAAUAAUGAGGAAUUUAAAUAUGAUAAAAAGCAUGGGUCAUCAAAACUAAAACGAAAUAAUGAAUUGAUAAUAUUAAUUCUCUUUAAGCACAUGUUUCAAUUGCGUAAAUCCGAGCGAAACCGUUGCAAUAAACUUAAUGUCAAUCAUUGUAAUUAACCAUGCUGCGAAUUUUAAAUGAAUGAUUUUAAUGAUAAGCCUGAUGAUAAGUAUCGUAAAAAUGAAUAAUGGUCAAAAUAUUCCACAUCAAUUAAUGUAAUCUUCAAUGUAGACUAGUUCCAUUUAAUGUGUAAAAUGAUUAUUCAGUGUAUAAUAUUGUUUGUUACAAAAAUCCUAAUAGAUUUUUGUACAAAAAAUUAUGAUAACUUACCACAGCAUGUUUAAGUAAAGUAGGAAAACAAGCGGUUUGCGAAAUACAUUUAGUAAUCACACAAAUACCUUCAAAGGUCAACUAAUUCAAUAUUCACUCAGCGAAUGUAAGUGUCAUAAUUAUGAGAAAUAAACAUGAAAUAAUAAAAAGAA